AUGGCUUCCGAUUCUUCUCCAACUAAUUUCAACAACGGACCUUCAUCCCCUGACGAUUCCCUUUCGAGCCCCAUCGGAAACACGUUCUCCUCUCCCGGCGGGAGACGCCGCCGCCGAUCUUCCACCCCGUCCGCAUUCGGAACGCCGACGAAUCGAUCUCGAUUCGCCCCCGCCGAUGCCACCCCAACUCCGUCACGCUCCAGGCAAAGAGGCAGCGGCGGCGGAGGAGGAGGAGGGCGCGUUCCUGCCACGCCCACCUCCACCACCGACGACGUGCCUGUGUCGUCCGAUGGCGGCGACAGCUACGACAUGUACGACGCCAGGCCUACCUUCGUGUGGGGUACGAAUAUUAGCGUAGAAGAUGUGAAUGACGCGAUUCAGAGGUUUCUGAGGGACUUCAGAGAACCUUCUUCGACGCAGGGUGAUGUUGACGGUUUGCAUUUGCAUACCGAAGGGAAGUAUGAGAAAUUAAUCAAAGAUGUGAUUGAAAUUGAAAGAGAUUAUCUCGACGUCGAUGCACGUGACGUGUUUGAUCAUGACCCUGAUUUGUACACCAAGAUGGUUAGGUAUCCCAUCGAGGUGCUUGCAAUUUUUGACUUGGUUUUGAUGAAUAUGGUUGGCCGAAUGAAACCCAUGUUCGAGAAGCACAUUCAAACUCGGAUUUUCAAUCUCAAAACCUCAACUUCAAUGAGAAAUUUGAACCCGUCUGAUGUUGAGAGGAUGGUUUCAUUGAAGGGAAUGAUCAUACGAUGUAGCUCUAUCAUACCGGAAAUUAGGGAAGCUAUAUUUAGGUGUCUUGUGUGUGGAUACUGCUCUGACCCAGUUACUGUGGAGAGAGGACGAAUUACCGAACCUACUAUAUGCUUGAGGGAAGAGUGUAAGUCCAGGAACUCCAUGACACUGGUUCACAACCGAUGCAGGUUUAAUGAUAAGCAAAUUGUGAGGCUCCAGGAGACCCCGGACGAGAUACCUGAAGGUGGAACACCUCACACAGUUAGCUUGCUGUUGCAUGACAAGCUCGUAGAUACUGGAAAGCCUGGUGACAGAGUUGAGGUGACUGGUAUUUAUAGGGCUAUGAGUGUCAGGGUUGGACCAACUCAGAGAACUGUUAAGUCAUUGUUCAAGACAUAUAUUGAUUGUCUUCACAUAAAAAAGGCUGAUAAGUCCAGGAUGCUGGUAGAGGACGCUAUGGAGGUUGAUAAUGGCAACCGCAAAAACGAAGAAGUUUUCUUUGAUGAAGAAAAAGUGGCUCAACUGAAGGAGCUCUCAAAGCAGCCAGAUAUAUAUGAAAAACUGACAAAGUCAUUGGCGCCAAACAUCUGGGAGCUUGACGAUGUGAAGAGAGGUCUUCUUUGUCAGCUUUUUGGUGGCAAUGCUUUGAAGUUGGCAUCAGGUGCUAGCUUCCGAGGUGAUAUAAAUAUUCUUCUUGUUGGUGACCCUGGGACGAGCAAGUCCCAGCUACUUCAAUACAUACACAAACUAUCUCCACGUGGCAUUUACACAAGUGGAAGGGGGAGUUCUGCCGUCGGAUUGACUGCUUACGUUACCAAGGAUCCUGAAACAGGCGAAACUGUUCUAGAGAGUGGUGCCCUAGUUUUGAGUGACCGAGGUAUCUGCUGCAUAGAUGAAUUCGACAAAAUGUCUGACAAUGCAAGGAGCAUGUUACAUGAGGUGAUGGAACAACAAACCGUUUCAAUUGCUAAGGCAGGUAUUAUUGCUUCCCUCAAUGCUAGGACUUCAGUGUUGGCUUGUGCAAAUCCAAGUGGGUCACGAUAUAAUCCUCGCUUGUCUGUCAUUGACAACAUACACCUUCCUCCCACUCUUCUGUCCAGGUUCGAUUUAAUUUACUUAAUUCUUGACAAAGCUGAUGAACAGACUGACAGACGACUUGCCAAACAUAUUGUUUCCCUACACUUUGAGAAUCCCGAGAACAUGGAGCAGGACGUGCUGGAUAUUUCUAUACUAACUGAUUAUGUGAGCUAUGCCCGAAAGCACAUAAACCCACAGCUGUCUGACGAAGCUGCUGAAGAAUUGAUUAGAGGUUACGUGAAAAUAAGGGAAAAGGGAAAUUUUCCUGGGAGUAGCAAGAAGGUGAUAACAGCAACACCGAGGCAGAUUGAGAGUCUGAUACGCCUUAGUGAAGCAUUGGCACGGAUUCGCUUCUCAGAAUGGGUUGAAUUGAGUGACGUAACGGAGGCAUUUCGGCUGCUGGAAGUUGCGAUGCAACAGUCUGCGACGGAUCCCUAUACAGGAGCUAUUGACUUGGAUCUUAUUACUACUGGGGUUUCGGCAAGUGAAAGGAUGAGACGUGAAAGUCUGUUAAAAGCAACCCGCAUCAUAAUCAUGGAGAAGAUGCCAAUUGGGGGACCAUCCAUGCGGUUAUUGGAGUUAUUGGAAGAAUUGAAGAAACAAAACACUGGCGGUGAAGUUCAUCUCACUGAUCUAAGGACUGCAAUUGAUACUCUCGUCAGCGAAGGAUUUGUUACCAUGCAUGGUGACAGCGUAAAAAGAUCAUGA